UUCUUCUUUCUCCCUUCCUCACUUCAUUUUCAUUCCUUUUAUCUCUCUCUCUCUCUCCCUCGUAGUGCGUGCACAUUUGACAGUGGUGUGUUUGAAGAAGAAGAAGAAGAAGAAGAAGAAGAUCAUUCAUUCGGACAUUCGCGAUCAUGGCGUCUUUGUCGGUGGAGGAGUUCUUGAAGCAGUGCGAGCACUCCGGUGACGCCGCCUACGCCGCCCUCCGCUCUCUCCUCGACCGUCUCGACGAUCCGACCACCCGAGUCGCCGCUCGUAUCUUCCUCUCCGACCUCCAGAAGCGCUUUCCGUCCAAGAAAGCUUCCGAAAAGUGCUUCCAAGCCUACCAUUUCCGGAUCGAGGACAUCUUCCUUGACCAGUACGAGGGUUACCAAGGGAAGAAGAAGCUGACGAUGAUGGUGAUUCCCAGUAUUUUUAUCCCAGAAGACUGGUCUUAUACCUUCUACGAAGGUUUGAAUAGACACCCCGAUUCCAUCUUCAGGGACAAGACGGUUGCCGAGCUGGGUUGUGGCAAUGGCUGGAUUUCAAUUGCCAUUGCUGAGAAAUGGUUGCCUUCCAAGGUUUAUGGUCUCGACAUUAAUCCCAGAGCGGUCAAGAUAUCUUGGAUAAACUUGUACUUGAAUGCUUUGGAUGAAAAGGGUCAACCCAUUUAUGAUGGGGAGAAGAAAACUCUGCUGGACAGAGUGGAGUUUCAUGAGUCUGAUCUGUUGGCCUAUUGUAGAGAUAAUGACAUUCAACUUGAACGGAUUGUAGGAUGCAUUCCUCAGAUUCUUAACCCAAAUCCGGAUGCAAUGUCUAAGAUGAUUACAGAGAAUGCGAGUGAAGAAUUUCUGCAUUCAUUAAGCAAUUAUUGUGCACUACAGGGUUUUGUUGAGGACCAGUUUGGCUUAGGUCUAAUUGCUAGAGCAGUGGAGGAAGGUAUAGCUGUCAUCAAACCUAUGGGGAUAAUGAUCUUCAAUAUGGGAGGUCGUCCAGGACAAGGUGUUUGUAAGCGCUUGUUUGAACGCCGUGGUUUCAAUGUUACAAAACUUUGGCAAACUAAAAUCCUCCAGGCUUCCGACACAGAUAUUUCAUCUCUAGUUGAAAUCGAGAAGAAUAGUCCACACCGCUUUGAAUUCUUCAUGGGACUUUCUGGUGAUCAGCCUAUUUGUGCUCGAACAGCAUGGGCAUAUGGAAAGGCUGGUGGCCGAAUCUCUCAUGCCUUAUCAGUUUAUAGCUGUCAACUUCGCCAGCCAAAUCAGGUUAAGAGAAUUUUUGAAAUUCUUAAAAAUGGCUUCCAAGAGGUCAGCAGUUCUUUAGAUUUAUCCUUUGAAGAUGAUGCUGUUGCCGAUGAGAAAAUUUCCUUCUUAGCUUACCUAGCUAGCAUUCUCAAUGGGAGUUCUUUUUGCACGUAUGAGCCACCAGCUGGAAGCAAACACUUCCGCAACCUCAUUGCUGGUUUUAUGAAAACGUAUCACCGUAUUCCACUCAAGGCUGAUAAUGUUGUUGUCUUUCCUUCAAGAGCUGUGGCAAUUGAGAAUGCUCUACGAUUGUUCUCACCUCGUCUUGCAAUUGUUGAUGAAAAUCUAACUCGAAAUCUUCCCAAGCAUUGGUUGACUUCUUUAGCACUUGGGAAUACAGGAAGCAAUAUUCCUGUGGAGGAUGUGCUUACUGUGAUUGAAGCCCCUCGGCAGUCAGAACUGAUGAUAGAGCUGAUAAGAAAGCUAAAACCGCAGGUUGUGGUUACUGGAAUUGCUCAAUUUGAGGCUGUCACUAGUGCAUCCUUUGUGCACCUUUUAGAUGUUACGAGAGGAAUUGGAUCUCGUCUUUUCCUAGACAUAUCUGAUCAUUUUGAGCUAUCCAGCCUUCCAAGUUCAAAUGGAGUUUUAAAAUAUAUCGCAGAAACUCCACUCCCCUCACAUGCAGCAAUUAUUUGUGGACUAGUGAAAAAUCAGGUUUAUUCAGAUUUAGAAGUAGCCUUUGUAAUUUCAGAAGAUGAGGCCAUUUUUAAGGCCUUGUCCAAGACCGUGGAACUACUAGAAGGAAAUACUGCACUGAUCAGUCAAAGCUAUUAUGGUUGUCUUUUCCAUGAGCUUCUAGCUUUUCAGCUUGCUGACCGGCAUCCAUCUGCCGAGAGGGAAUUGGAGAAGGCUAAUUCAGUAGAGAUGAUAGGAUUUGCUAGUUGGGCAAUCUCAGUCCUUAACAAUGCGGAGUUGUCAAUCACCGAGGCCGAAAACUCUUCCUUGAUCCACAUGGAUGCUGAUCAAAGCUUCUUGCCCGUGCCAUCUCCUGUCACAGCAGCUAUUUUUGAAAGUUUUGCGAGACAGAAUUUGGCUGAGUCGGAAAUAGAUGUUAACCCUAGCAUCAAGCAAUUUCUCAAGAGCAACUAUGGGUUCCCAGUUGAUAACAGUACAGAACUUAUAUAUGCUGACAGCACACUGGCUCUGUUUAACAAGUUGGUCCUUUGCUGCAUCCAAGAAGGGGGGACGUUGUGCUUUCCUGCUGGUUCAAAUGGAAACUAUGUUUCUGCUGCCAAGUUUUUGAAGGCAAAUAUUGUAACUAUACCUACUAAUUCUGAACAAGGCUAUAAACUUACGGAGAAAACACUUUCUGGAAUCAUUGACACCGUGCAUAAGCCGUGGAUCUACAUUUCUGGACCUACGGUUAACCCAACUGGUUUGCUAUACACCAACAAAGAGAUAGAGAAUUUGCUAACUGUAUGUGCCAAGGCUGGUGCUAAAGUUAUUAUUGAUACUUCGUUUUCGGGCUUGGAAUUUGACUUUGAGGGGUGGGGCGGCUGGAAUUUGGCGGAAAGUUUAUCAAAGCUAAACUCGCUCGACCCAUCCUUUUGUGUCUCUUUGCUUGGAGGACUGUCUCUAAAGAUGCUUACUGGGGCACUCAAAUUUGGAUUUCUGGUUUUGGAUCAGCCUCUUUUGGUUGAUGCGUUUCAUAGCUUUCCGGGGUUAAGCAAACCUCACAGUACUGUCAGAUAUGCCGUGAAGAAGCUGCUGAGCCUAAGAGAGCAGAAAUCAGGAGUUCUGUGGGAUUCUAUUGCAAAGCAGAUAAGAAACUUGGAAAACAGGUCAAAGCGCUUGAAAGAGACAUUGAAAAACUGUGGAUGGGAUGUGAUCGAACCAUCCGGUGGCAUUUCCAUGGUGGCCAAGCCCUCAGCUUAUCUCAACAAGAUUGUGACACUCAAGGACUCACCCAAAGACGGAAGCAUAAGCACAAAUUCCAAAGCCUAUGAAGUGAAGCUGGAUGACUCAAACAUAAGGGAUGUCAUUCACAAGGCAACUGGUUUAUGCAUCAACAGCGGCUCAUGGACUGGAAUCCCUGGCUACUGCAGGUUCACCAUUGCUUUGGAAGAAGGAAAAUUCGAACAGGCAUUGGAUUGCAUUGUGAAGAUUAAGAGCAUCAUUAGUAACUGAAUUACUCAUUAUUAUUGUCUGCGGCAAUCUGAUACGUCGUUUUCCCGAGUAACGCAAACCUAAAGUUGAUUUCUUUCCUCAAGUCAGGCGUCAGUUGAGGUUUUCUUAAUCUUUACCUAUACACAAGUAUACAAUUCGAUUCGAUCCUGUUACUUAUUCUCAUGGGUCCGUAUUUCUGUUGGGACUCAUUUAUUUGUUAUCAAA